UCCAGUUUUGGUAGAACUCAAUAACUGAUAUCAAUGUUUUUAGGUUAAAUAGUCCAGCUCUGUUUCACAUAACUUGCAAUAACGGCUUGCCAUUAGUGUGGGAAAUGGCCUUUAUUCUGGUUGCAUUGUCUCUUGUGAGCCAGGGAGAGUAGGAGGUUAAUAGAGUCAGUGGGGUCACGGCCAGAGAGGGUAAAGCUUUUCUCCGUAUAUGACUCUUUCUCCUUUUCUCCGAGGCAUUCCCCCUCUACCUGCUGCAGGAGGAGGGAGGAGGAGCCACACUUAUUUGAUAGGUGUGCAGGCUGGGAAACCACACCUCUGAAUAUGUCCUUCACGAAGGGUGUGUGAGCCCUGGAGGUGUAUUUGAGAGAGGGAACGAGCGCAGCACAACAUUUCAUCUCUCUAUUUGACACACACACUUUCUUUGGAGUACUACAGUGUUUUCAGCACACGAGGAGUAGGAAGGAAGGAAGGGAGGGAGCGAGGCGAAAAGGAGAUGAACUCUUUGAGGCUUAAAGAGUUGUCAAACUCAGACUUGUACAGACGGAGACAGGAGAGACCAGACAGCUAUGGAAGUCUGGCAGGGGAGAGCCUCAGCAACAUGGCCAAUGCUCUGGCCAAUGCCAUGUGUGAGCGCUGCAAGAGUGGCUUUGCCCCGGCUGAGAAGAUAGUGAACAGCAACGGGGAGCUUUACCAUGAGCAGUGCUUUGUGUGCGCCCAAUGCUUCCAGCAGUUCCCAGAGGGACUCUUCUACGAGUUUGAAGGCAGGAAGUACUGUGAGCAUGACUUCCAGAUGCUGUUUGCUCCGUGCUGCCACCAGUGUGGUGAGUUCAUCAUCGGCCGUGUGAUCAAGGCCAUGAACAACAGCUGGCAUCCCGACUGCUUCUGCUGUGAUAUCUGCCAGGCUGUGCUCGCUGAUGUUGGAUUCGUUAAGAAUGCUGGAAGGCACCUGUGUCGUCCAUGUCACAACAGAGAGAAAGCUCGGGGCCUCGGAAAGUACAUCUGUCAGAAGUGCCACGCCAUUAUUGAGGAGCAGCCCCUCCUGUUCAAGAAUGACCCGUACCACCCUGAUCACUUCAACUGCAACAACUGCGGUAAGGAGCUGACAGCUGAUGCCAGGGAGCUGAAAGGGGAGCUGUACUGUCUGCCCUGCCACGACAAGAUGGGGGUCCCCAUCUGCGGGGCCUGCAGGAGACCCAUUGAGGGCCGUGUGGUGAACGCCAUGGGCAAGCAGUGGCAUGUGGAGCAUUUUGUGUGUGCUAAGUGUGAGAAACCCUUCCUGGGGCACCGUCACUACGAACGCAAGGGCCUGGCCUACUGUGAGACACACUAUAACCAGCUGUUUGGAGACGUUUGCUACCACUGCAAUCGUGUUAUUGAAGGAGAUGUGGUGUCUGCCCUCAACAAGGCUUGGUGUGUCAACUGUUUUGCCUGCUCUACCUGCAACACCAAGCUCACCCUCAAGAACAAGUUUGUGGAGUUUGACAUGAAGCCUGUGUGUAAGAAGUGCUACGAGAAGUUCCCUCUGGAGCUGAAGAAGAGACUGAAGAAGCUCUCUGAAACUGUUGCUCGGAAGUAAACACACAGCGGAGCAGCGAUAAGAAGAGACAAAUAGAUGUUAAAUGCAAUACCGAAUUGACAAUCAUAUGUUACAUUUUGGUUGGUUAUUUCAGCAGAACACACCAUUUCUUGUCCUUUCAGUUGCAGAGGGUCAUUUAACUAGCCUGAAACUGACAGGUGGCCAACAGGCAGAUUGUUGGUCAGUCAGUCCGGUUAUAUUUUAACCUCUUUAGUGCCUUUAAACACAAAUACUGCACGGUAUAUCUUUCACAUGCUUGCGUUAUUUCACUAUAUGUAUUUAACCUGGUCCUGUAUUUCAAAAUAAAAUAUGAGCUUUAAGAAAAUAUAGAAACAUGAGAAAAAAAGGCUGUUAAACUGUUUACCACCUUGCCUCAUAAUGGAAAAUAUGUUUGACUUAUUUUACUCAUACUCUCGUAUAAAAACAGAGUUAACCCAAAGACAGUUGAGCAAAAUACAGUUUUUUAAAUGUGUAUAUAGUAUCUCAAUAAUGUACUGUUUUCCACCAACAUGUAUAUUUUAUUGAUUGGAAAUGUGUAUUUUCUUUAAUAUUAUGCAAAGGGAGAUUUGGUUUGACUCUAUAAAGUUAGACAUCAUACUGUCUUCAUAACCUUGCUUGCUGCAGUGAUGAACUCAACCAGCAGUUCGUAUGUGCAAUGCAUUUUAUGUAUAAAACAAUCUCUAUGUGAACAUUUAGUUGCUAGUGUUCACCCCCUGCAAUCUAACGUAACCUAAUGCAACAGCAAAAAAUAUCCCAAGUGUAUACAGUUGAGUUUUUUGCAGCAGCUUUAAAGUUACAGUAGAUGAGAUAAAGCAAUACGUCUGAAAUGCUGUCAACAAAUACUGAACAUAAUGAACUUCACAGUAGCAGCAUUUUUUGCAUGGCAACUGUGUGUGUGUCGUGCGGCAUGUUCAGAGACCGGAUGUAGGAGUAUUGUUAGAUGUUGGAGAACAUGUGUCUCUACUGUUUGUAAUCCAGAGAAAGUGAUCCUCUUAGAGAGGUGUACCGACUUCCUCAGGGCUCAGACCCUCUUUGGAAAGAAAGCCAACUGUUGCUAAUGGAAAAGUAGUUUCACUUCAGUUGUAUUUCAUCAUAGAACGUUUAUAUUUGACAUAAUAGUUGAAUAGAAACACACAUUCCACUAUUACAUGGAAAUGCAAAGCCUUUGUUAGUCAAACUUUUCCUAUCUUUGUCACAAGAUUUGUUUACCCUCUGAACAGCCUCCGUGUCUUUCUACCAGGGCAACUGAGAUGACUCUACACAGACAGAGACUGCUUUUAUUCUGUAUUUUAUCAUUGCAAUGCUUGUCAAGGAACAAUAUUUAUUCAUUUAAUCACACCAAAGUGCAUGUUUUAGACUAUGUUUCAUUAUAUGUAAGGUCAUUUUGUCAACUCAUCUGAAUAAACAUGUAUGUCAAUGCUA